AUGUCCACCCCUACGGAGCAGGCGGGUGGUAUGUCCCAGUCCCACCCGGGUCCCUCUCCAUGCCCUGGCCGGUCCCCAGGACCAGGCCCCUCCCCUGGCUCCGGACCCCCCAGCCUACAGGGGCAGGGGGCUGGGGACUACCUUCAGGACACCAUGCACCCCAUGCACCAGGUAACCCUCAACAAUGCUGUGGUGGCUGUAUGCUACAGUAUAUCAAAUAUGCCACAUAGAUCCUAUUGAAUGACUAUAUGUAAUUGAAUGAUAUGUGCGUUAUGCACUUGACUAAAGGUGAGCCACAGUAUCCCCGGUUGAUGUGAAUGUGUUUCCAGCCAAUGGAGGGGGUUGAUGAGAAGGGGACGGGAGAUGAGACGAACUAUGGCCAGAUGAAGGGAGUUGGGAUGAGGGCGCUACACAGCGGAAUGGGUCCUCCACAGAGCCCCCUGGACCAACACAGCAACCAAGGUAACACAGCGACACAGCACAGCACAGCAAAUACAGGAAUAUAGAAAUAUAUAUACACUUGAGUGUACAAAGCAUUAGGAACACCUUCCUAAUAUUGAGUUGCACCCCCUUUUGUCUUCAGAACAGCAUCAAUUUGUCGGGGCAUGGACUCUACAAGGUGUCGAAAGCAUUCCACAUGGAUGCUGACCCAUGUUGAUGCCAAUGCUUCCCACAGUUGUGUCAAGUUGGCUGGAUGUCAUUUGGGUGGUGGACCGUUCUUGAUACACACAGGAAACUGUUGAGAGUGAAAAACCCAGCAGCAUUGCAGUUCUUGACACACUCAAACCGGUGCGCCUGGCACCUACUACCAUAACUCGUUCAAAGGCAGGUAAAUAUUUUGUCUUGCCCAUUCACCCUCUGAAUGGCACACAAACAAUCCAUGUCUCAACUGUCUCAAGGCUUAAAAAUCCUUCUUUAACCUGUCUCCUCCCCUUCAUCUACACUGAUUGUAGUGGAUUUAACAAGUGACAUCAAUAAGGGAUCAUAUCUUUCACCUGGAUUCACCUGGUCAGUCUGUCAUGGAAAGAGCAGGUGUUCUUAAUGUUUUGUACAGUCAGUGUGUGUAUAUAUAUAUAUUUAUUUUUUACAAUUCACGAUUUUUUUUAUACUGAUCUAAAACCGCAUAAAUCUGCAAUGCUUUAGGUUAGAAAAAGGCGGUAAAAUGUUGAAGAAAGACCGGACUCAGAUGCAUGUCUUUGGUUUGUCGCUAUGACAUUCAGAAGCUCAAAGAAAUUGGACUUUCCUUGGGAAGUAAUCUAAUACGUGUGACUUUGUUGCUUUCAAUUGAUCUAUUCACUUUCUGUAAAACAGAAUAUGGAUAAUUACAUUGAGGGUUCAUAUAAAUGAUCAGAAUAAAACAUUUCAGUUCUAGACUUUAUUUUCCUCAUCCAUUAGUAUUAUAAUUAAAUAUCUAAAAUAUGUCUUGAGUCUUGUUAAACUAUGGAGAAUUGCAGGAAAUUAGCUUCAAAACAACAAUGUUUCUAGGUCCCUCAAAUUAAACAAAAUCAAGCUGGUGGUGGGGGAGUGACAUUUCUCAAAUGUGAAAAAGGGAAAAAAGGUUGGCAACCCAACUAAAAGACAAUACAAGACAUGGUGCACUAUUCACAUUCACACUGCUCCACCAUUACACAUGUACAGUAUAACAUCUAGAUUAUAAUACGCUAAGGAUUCUACGCUGCUGGAAGAUCUCCUCCUACAAUUUGGGGCCAAUUUCCUUCAUUUUAGGCUCAAAAGAAAUGCGUCGUCUUCCCACAUGGUAUUAUCCACUUUAUAGUCAGUUUUGUUCUGUAUUUUGGUUUAGUUUCCUGGUUUUGUGAUUGGAAUGCCUAGUAUUGCAUCAUCCUGCCAAUACUACCAUGACAUCACUGAAGACAGGAGUUUUCAAAAUUCAAACUGUCAUAAUUAUUGCAUCAUCAUUCUUCCCACGAUGACGUCAAUCCUGCCCCCUCCAGACCUAUAAAAGGGAUCCCGGCCCAUCUAAAAGUCAUCAAUCACAAUGCCCAGACGAUGCAGAACAUCCACCAGCCGCCCUGUUCGCAGGCACCGCUGCCCCAGGGUGUCCUGGCAUCGCAGGAGAGGUGGCCGCAGGAAGCGUUAGAAAGGCUGUGUAACCUACCUGACCGACUUGCCCCCUCCAGGUUCUCCCUGGUAGUGUAG